ACGAGGAGAAGAUAUUAAGGAAAUGAAUUGCGGUCUUUGGAAGUUAGGCGGAUAAUCAUCCACCAAAAAGACCGCCACCUUCGUGGGCUUUUUCGCCUCCACAACCUCCGAAGAGCAAAGCCGCGUUCGUAUUCUGAAAUCUCUGAAUCGAAGGAGAGAGAGAUGCAUCGAUCAUCCAGCAGUUCUCCGGUUUCGGAGGAGGUCUUCUCGAACUCUUCGCCGUUUCAAAGCACGGAGACGACGGAGCUGAGCCGGCAACAGCUUCCCACUCUCAAUCCCCUCUCCAACGCCGCCAAAAAAGAAAGGUCCCGUCUCAGAUCCGCCGAGAACGCCAUCCACAUCAUCCCUCUCGUUCUUGUUCUCUGUGCCAUCAUUCUUUGGUUAUUCUCCAAGCCAGGUACUAAGAAUACCAUCACUCUAAUAAUCAUGUUGUUUUUUCAAUUUCCAGCAACCCAGUUCCCCUGUGCCUUUUGUUAUUUUUCUCUUUCACUAUGCAGUUGUUUAAAAGUGCUUUCUUUUCCCCAAUUUGCUGUUCAAGUUUUUCCCUUUUCUCUGUUAUGGGUGAAAGUCAUUUUAGUCUCUUUCUGUGGGUGUUUCUUGUUUGGAAUUCAUAUAUGCCUUUUUUUAGUUAUGUUGGAGAAUUGGAACAGCAACUUGGUCAAGUAGUAUAAUUGUGAACAUUGGAAUUAUGUCAAAGUUGUGAACUUGAUAGCUUUGUUUCUUAUACUGUAGCACAAAACCUGAUCACCAUGGGAUGAUUUUGAAGGGCAGAUCUGCAAUGAACUUCUUCAUCUUCAUUAUCUGUUUGAUGGAGCAGACAGUUUUUGGUAUUAGGCUUUUAUGUUUAAUGUGGAAGAUGUUUUCAUGUUUCUGUUAGAUCAUAUGACCAAUUUUGUCUCAUUUCUUAUGUAUAACGUCUGGUGAUGACACAUUAAACCAUAAAAAACAUUUUACUCAAAUUGUAUAUAGCUCUUCAAUGUUGUUGUUCCUGGUUUUGAACGGUUAAGUUUGGUUCUCUUUUUUCUGGUUCCAAAUCCAUCAAGACAGAAUGCCAAUUCCUUCAUUAAUCCAUAACCCAUUGUGUGAAUUCUAUCUGCAUGUUAGAUUACAGGACUCUGUCUGGAACCACAAAACCUGCACUGCAUCCACUUUUAUUUCACUGUUAACAAGUGUAUAUGUGAUGUAUUUGGGUGGA